AUGAUCCCGCGCUUGUGGGAAGACAUUGCGGUGGCCAGUGGAGAGUAUUUCAUUGAGAAGCUUGACGAGCGAACACCCGAGCAGAUUCGUUCCAAGUUACAGCAGACACCACCGAUCACGGGACGAGAUAUGUGUGUGUGCAUCGGUUUGCUAGUCACUCGGAUAAUUUCACCCAAUAAGGAUAAGUUACAGCAUCACUGGAAGAAGACGGACGAAGGGGCUACUCUUCCUGGAUGCUUUGGUCGCUUUAUGACGCGGGACCGGUUUGCACACGUGGCUCGAAACCUCAAUUUCAAUAGCAACUAUGACCCUCGAGCUGCUGUGGAUCGGGCAUGGAAGCUACGACCGGUUAUUGAAGCUCUCCAACGAACCUUUUUGGCAGGCUACAGACCACCUCCCGUCAUGGCCUUCGACGAGGCCAUGCUGCCGUCCAGGUCCUCGUUCAACAGGAUGAGAUUGUACAUUAAUGAUAAGCCGCAUAAGUACGGCACAAAACAGUUCAUGUUGUGCUGUUCCUUCACGGCAUACUGGUUUGUUAAGUUUGAGGGUUGCCUGGGUAAGGCUUCCACAGUGAAUGGUGUCACACUUCGAGAUGAAAGGACUGGACCGGUGGUAGAAGUGCGCAAUCUGCGUGCUGCGUUUGGCAAUCAACCUUCACAACAAAUGCGACUCAUCGUCACGGACAGAUUCUAUACGUCGAUCCCUCUUUCCAUGGAACUGCUUACGAUGGGAUACUGCAGCGUUGGAACUGUCAUGACAGGACGCAAAGGGCUGGCUGCGCAAGUCAAGGAGCCGUCGAGACCAAAGGGGAGAGAUAGGGGCACGUUCACGUUCGCUGGGUCUACUACUCUGUGGUGGGAUAAUCGUCCAGUUUAUCUGUUGUUUUCUGGUGGAACUACUGUGCUCGAUCGGAUCGUGCGCCGUGCCAAGAGUUGCCUACAGGAUGAAGUGGCAUGCCCGAGGCUUGUCAAGAAGUACCAGACCUUCAUUGGAAGAGUCAACGUACACGACCGGUUGCGCCUUCAAAAAUAUUCGCUCCAGCUGGCCGUUCGCUUCAAAAACUACUACAAAAGUCUCCUCUUAGGCUUUGUUGAUCUCGCUCUCGUCAACGCCUACAUCGUGUACAACCACGCACGCAAUGCUGACGACAUGCCCAAGAUCUCCCACUUUGCGGGAGCAGCAAGCGCAGACAAAGAGCCUGCAAAGUCUGUUCGCUGUGUCCCGUACCCGGGAAUACGAGUGGUGUUCCAGACGGCCGCCCGCUGGGAUCGGUUCCUGGCCCCGCAGAAGUCAGCGCCUCCCCUGCACCCACUCGUGCCUACCGUGCCUAGGACGGCCUGGUCCUACUGUCGAUUCUGUCUACGACGACUCGAGGAACGCAAGGUUCCGCUGAAGAGGUGGGCUCGUUCGAAUUGGAGUCGUCGGGACGGAAGCCACGGAGCUGCCCGACACCGGUACGCUAUGACGAGGCGGAGAGGUGUCAUCAAGAUGAAGAACGGAUGUGGCCACAAUACUCCUGUGUACCUGUGCAACAAGGUCAAGCACUCCGUCAACGGGCAAGCGCGCACUCUGCGACCAACCCGAGGGAAGCGCAAAUUGCGCGUGCGCGCGACGGAGGAUGACGAAGUGGCGGACAACAAGGGAACGCCACAGCGCCGUCGAGUGGAUACAAGCACCAGCAAUCAAUAA